GUUAAGCCUUCAUGCAAGAGAGAAAUGAACUAGAAAAUACAUAACCCCUAGUCCAACCAAAAAACCCUAAACUGCAGGCAUUUCAUACUGCUUCCUUCUCUGAUACUCUCUCCGCCAACCACUGACUAACUGAGUCACUACAUCGUCCGAUCUGCAAAGUCAGGGGCAACAAUGGCGGCCAUGAUGCAACCACAAAUCAUAUUGCUUAAGGAAGGGACAGAUACUUCUCAAGGGAAGGCACAGUUGGUGAGCAAUAUAAAUGCGUGUAUGGCUGUUGCGGAUGUUGUAAGGACUACGCUUGGUCCAAGGGGUAUGGACAAGUUGAUUCAUGAUGAUAAGGGAAACACCACCAUUUCCAAUGACGGUGCCACUAUAAUGAAGCUUCUUGACAUUGUUCACCCUGCUGCCAAAAUUCUUGUUGACAUUGCCAAGUCCCAGGACUCUGAGGUUGGUGACGGGACAACCACUGUUGUUCUGCUUGCUGGAGAGUUUCUGAAGGAAGCCAAGCCUUACAUUGAAGAUGGAGUGCACCCUCAAAACUUGAUUCGUAGUUAUCGAACUGCAUGCAAUUUGGCAAUUGAGAAGGUAAAAGAAUUGGCUGUUAGCAUAGAGGGUAAAAGCAUGGAAGAAAAGAGAAGUCUGCUUGCUAAGUGUGCAGCUACAACACUGUCAUCAAAACUUAUUGGUGGGGAAAAGGAUUUUUUUGCAUCCAUGGUUGUUGAUGCUGUCCUUUCAAUUGGAGAUGAUGACAGGCUGAAUAUGAUUGGCAUUAAGAAGGUUGCUGGAGGCACCAUGCGGGAUUCUUUCCUUGUAAACGGUGUUGCCUUCAAGAAGACUUUUUCCUAUGCUGGUUUUGAACAGCAACCUAAGAAGUUUAUCAAUCCCAAGAUACUCUUACUGAACAUAGAAUUGGAAUUGAAGUCAGAGAAAGAAAAUGCAGAGAUAAGGCUUUCAGAUCCGUCACAGUAUCAAUCAAUUGUUGAUGCAGAAUGGAAUAUCAUUUAUGAAAAGCUGGAUAAAUGUGUCAAAAGUGGGGCAAAAGUUGUUUUGUCUCGACUUGCUAUUGGGGAUCUAGCUACACAGUAUUUUGCAGAUCGAGAUAUAUUCUGUGCUGGUCGUGUUACUGAGGAGGAUCUGCAGCGAGUGACUGCUGCUACUGGUGGAACAGUACAGACAACUGUGAACAACGUUAUUGAUGAGGUUCUUGGAACAUGUGAGCAUUUUGAGGAGAAGCAAGUAGGAAAUGAGCGGUUCAACAUAUUUAGUGGAUGUCCAUCUGGAAAGACAGCCACUAUUGUGCUUCGUGGUGGAGCAGAUCAGUUCAUUGAAGAAGCUGAGAGAAGCCUGCAUGAUGCAAUUAUGAUUGUUAGAAGAGCUGUAAAAAAUUCUACUGUUGUUGCUGGUGGCGGUGCUAUAGAUAUGGAGAUUAGCCGAUAUUUGAGGCAGCAUUCACGCACAAUAAAGGGGAAGUCUCAGCUCUUUAUAAACUCAUAUGCCAAAGCCCUUGAGAUUAUUCCACGGCAAUUGUGUGAUAAUGCUGGUUUUGAUGCAACUGAUGUGCUGAACAAACUCAGACAAAAACAUGCUCUUCCUUCAGGUGAGGGCGCACCUUAUGGGGUGGAUAUUAAUACCGGUGGCAUAUCAAAUUCAUUUGCUAAUUUUGUCUGGGAACCAUCAGUUGUGAAGAUAAAUGCCAUUAAUGCUGCUACUGAAGCAUGUUGCCUUAUCCUUAGCGUGGAUGAAACAGUGAAGAACCCCAAGUCUGAGAGUGCCCAGGGAGCUGCUGCAGGUGGCAUGGGCGGAAGAGGCGGAUUUGCUUCUCGGGGUCGAGGACGUGGGAUGCGAAGGCGAUAGGCUUUUCGCAUUAUUCGAUUGCAUUUCUUCUCAAUCUCAAGCUCACUAUGUUACCUUCUGCAAAUGAUGCAGAAAUCUAAUGGUAUCAUUAUGCAGUGUGAUGUUCCAAUUUCAGAUGCUCAUAUGUGUGUGUACUGAGUUUUUAUGGCAUCUGAUAAAGCAGUGCAAAAGAGAGAAUUUCCUCGUCAUCUUCUGAUAUAAGUAGAUGCUGUGCGUGUUACUCCUCGCCGUUGUAUAACACUUUUGAAAGGGAUUGAUAAUUAAUUGGUGGCUUAGCUUUUCGUUUUUUCAUCAA